AUGGAGCGGGACGGCGUUCCCGACUUUGUUAUCCACGAAGCUUUUGCAAUGGGCGAACAUCACGUGUUCUCGUUAUAUGCUGCCAUGCGCCAGACGUUGAUCAACAGCGGAGCGUUGUGGCAGUGCAUCGCCGCCCACUUUAAGGAAGGCGAUCUUGUAGCCGACUACAUUUCCCAAUCUAUGGAUAGAGCGAGUGAUACCGAAUGGGCAGAUGCUUUGUUGGUGGCGUUUUCGGGAGGCAAUUUCGAUGACUUGCAUAUGUCGAUCGAACGCUCGCAGUACGAAGUGGACAAGUUUAUCCGCAUUGCUGCGGGUGCGCAUGUGGCGGGACACGUUAUACCUGGAGAAGGGAAGCCCAGUUUGUUGCGUGCCUUUACGGAAAGGAAGAAGCACACCGUAUCCAUAUGCGAAUACCGGAGUGAUGAGCAGUUUGCUGCAACGUCCACGCCAGCUGAGGUUACGAGCAUUGGGCGUUUGGUUUGCGAGGACGAAUUUCUAUUUCUUGAAGUGUCCGAGGGAGGUGAGCACAGAUGCAUUAAUGUGGCGUGGAAUGAUGUGGGAUUUGUCAUCACAUCCAAUAUCAACGAUAGUGUGCAGAUGAGGCACACUGUUGACCUUCCCACCAGCAGAGUAGCGCUAUAUGCCAUGAUGACGUGCGAGCGUUUGUCGCUGGACAGGUUUGAUACAAGACUCCUGGUUGAGACUGUAGUUCAAAUGGCGGAAAGCUCUCAGUACUUAAGCUUGCGCGGAAGGGUAGACAGCGAAGAGACAACAAGAAAAGAAGAGCUGGGCGUCGAUCCUGAAGGGAAGAAUGUCGUCAACUUUGACAAGCUGGCACAGGUCGUCAGAAAUAUGGAAUCUGUGCUCGAGGAGGCGACGCACGCCAGGCUUCCGCAAAGUGCAGGUCGCGUUACGGCUACAUUUGAGGAAUUACGACAAUUACAAGAGGGACGGGGCAUAGAAGACCUUGGCCUAGCUGCACAUUGCUCGAGCGAGGCUUUCGCAACUCUUUCGGGCAGGAUUAAGAGCGUGGGUUGGGCGCAGAGGAAGGCUAGUUCGGGCAAGGGAAUGAGCAUUCUAGCGAAUACCGGAUGGGAGGAGGCCAAGCUGGUUAUUUCGCAAGUUUUGAAAAAUAUCGGAGACAGAGCUGCGACGAUGUUCAAGAAGAGCCGGAGAGCUGGGGUUGAGAUAAGGCAAGUUGAGUCCUCAGCCAACUCCGGACUACUUUGGUUUGAUCGGAUAUUUGCGGGGGGAACGCUUACUCAGAAGAGGAGAGAGGACCUUAAAAACAAAGUGCUCCGGAAGACCGAGCCGACUCGCGUUAACGGGGAACACGAAGAGGUUUUCUACUAUCCUCUCAUCGACACGAUUUUCGCCAUCACGAACAGGGAAAAAGUUAAGCGUUACAGGGCCAAAACCGUGCAGAUGGCUAGUUAUGGUGGCAAGGAGAGUCAUCCUGGAGUGCUGGCGGCGGUAGUGAAAUGGCUGGAUCAUGAUAAGGAUGACGGUAAUGGAAGGCUUAUGGAAGUGGUGUUAAAACGAGGCCAACAGGGGUACGACAAGCUGUUAGACCUGCUCGAACCCGAGCUUGCCACGGCAAUAUACAAUGAUGUAGAGGCAUCGACGACGCUAAAAGUGUCCAAGCUUAUUCAAGACUGCGCUAAGUUGCCCGAAAGUUUCGAUAAGGACUGGGUGGUCAGGGAAGUGUUGUCUGUAUGCACAGUACUCGGUAUCUCGUACACUGUGGGUUCAGCGAACUGCGCCUGCUUCAGUAAGGUGAUUGAGGGUUGGCAGGACGUGAACAGUGCAACGAAGAGGGUCGUUGAGUAUGAUUAUCCAGUACCUGUUAAUGGAGCAACUGUCCAUGCGAAAAGACGAGUUUUAAAUGCAGAAGUGCUGCACGUAAUGGGAACGAUAGCGAGCAGACGCGUGGGCAAGCUCAUUGUUGUUACUGCCAGGGAAGAUAUCGAGUCGGUGUUGCAAACACCCGGGAGAGGCGAUAUUUCUGAGACGAACACAAGGUUUAAGCAGCAGUCGGGAGGUAAAAUACUGCAUCUGGAAGUGAUGACUGUACCCCGAGAGUAUCAGGGCUUCGGAACUGACAAGGUCAUCUCCGGGAGCUACGGGAUUCAGGGCGCCUGUCAAACGUCCAUCGGCGACCACACCCAGACAGUGGGUGCCACGACACAGCAACCCUAAUCCUGAACUGGAUUGAAAGUCACCCCCCUAGAGUGGUCUCCGCAAAUCUGCUGAGUUAGAGUGGUCUCCGCAACUCAGACCCGGUUCUAAGAGCAUCUCUGCGGCCUCCUGUAACUCGGCAACUCUAUUGCUGUAUUUCAGAAUAGACUCUGUGAAAACCAAGAUAGAAACAAGAAUUUUCUUUAAUAUCGGCCAAUUAUCCGACAUAAUCAAUCA